UUUGCACAAGCAAUCCACCUCUUUCUUUUGGCAGCUGCUGGUGGCUGGGACUAGAAGGAAAUGCAGGCUGGGUGGAGUCCAGCCUUCUGUGAUCUCAGCUGUACUUAUGGAUGAGCAGCUGAGCUGCAGGAGAAACCAGGAUGCAGCAGCAGCAGAGAUCAAGGAUGGCUUCUCAGGUCUCUGUGUUGAGUUUUUUCUGUUGCCUGCUGUUAAUGCCAGGUUUGCUGGAAUCAACCUCUCUGAUGAAAGUCAAACACUCUGCAGGACCCUCACUGAGGAUCAAUUCUGCUGCAGCAAAUGAUUUCUUGACCAAUUCUCGACCAAAAAGGAACAUUGAUCCAAAGUGGUACAGAGCCAACCCUGAUUUCCAGUCUUACUACCGCUACUACAACAGCAUUGGGCACAUUGAAGGACUCUAUGAGAUCGACAGGAUCAGGAUGUUGUAUCAGCAGAUGCGGAACUUGGAGUUGACCUAUGGCCCAGAUGCCUCCAAAUACCAAAAUGCCUUAGGUUUCCUAACUAGCACUGUGGGACCUCCAACAACAACUCAGCCUCCUCCACCUCCCACCACACCUGCCCCAACACCAGAUCCUCUGGAGAACGCCCAAAGGAUCUACCUGUGCAACCCCAAGGACCCGCUGUGCAAACCCCAGAUCGUGUACCUGCCGACGGGAGCUGUGCCUGUUCUCUGCGACCCAAGACUCAAUCCCGCCUGCGCGCCCAAAACAGAGGAGGAGAUGAAGGCUGCGUCGGUGUCCCGGCCAUCUACAGCCACUCCUGCUCCUGCAAAGUCAGAGCCAGCUGUCCCUCCCGCUGACGGAGCCAAAGGCAUGGAGUACGACUGUGACCCGUACUGGGAUCCCGACUGCCUCGUCGACCACCCUCCCCGACCCGUCCAGGAGGCAUCCACGCCAGCAGAACCUGCCGAAGAACCAGAGGUUAAAGAGGAAGAAGCAAAAGCGGAACAGAGCGCUCCUGCAGCUCCAGCAGGGGUGAAGAAAUCCCUCUACCCCCAUUACGACCCCUAUGAUUUCAAACGUGACCUGUAUGACCCCUUUCGUUAUGCUCAGCCAGAUCCACAGUGAAUCCAACCAAAAGGGUCCAACACUAAUGGCAUUCGUGCAAAUGAUCAUUUUCUAGAUUAUGGACAGAAGCAGGUUCUUUAUAUUUUUCAUAUGACAAACCACACAGUGAGUCAUGUAUGGACAUACAACCAAUGAAAGUAAAUGUAUCAAUAAAACAACA